UUGAUCGACAUGGUAGUAAAAAGCCUCUCUUCCUAAGUGAAGCUGUGUUUAUUGUAUUUUGCUGUAACCACGAGAGCAUGUCUCGAAUGAUCUUUUCAUUCGAGCUUUAAAAUUCGACUGUGACCCUUUCAUUCUUUUUUAUUCGCUGAUACAACAUAGGCUUAACAUGAGCCGACGAUUCAUCUAGGAGUCGUUGCCACAAUCUCAGAGAGUGCUGUGUUAGUGCGGCACGUGUGGCGCAACGUUUCUCAAGUGCAAUGUUCCUGUCUAAGCCCUUCUGGAACUGCUAAUAUCACUAGCUUCCCUCACGAGACAUCACUACCACCUGUCGUCGUUCGAGAUGCGCACCGCUAUCGUGACAUUUCAUUUAUGUAUCCUUUUAAAGUGGGUUCAAAGCUCACCGGUAUCUUCAAGCGCAAGCCAACUUAUCGACCGGACCUUUGAUACAACCAUGGGGACGCAGGUACCAUUAGUAUCGAAACAAGGAGCAACAAAUAUGACGGGAGUAGACUCAGAGAUAGACCUGACGAAUGGAUGGGUAGAUCCCAGAAUCCUUGGUGGGCGAUUACUGGAUUUCACAACUCGUCACAAAGGCGAACCUUUAAACGUUAUUAUUUCUAGCAAAUCGGAUCCCUACAUCCUUUCCGAGAUCGGUUUCUCAAUCUAUGCUAAAUCUCUCGGCUUUUCGAGCGAAUGUCUUGGUUUGCACUACGGUAAUAUACAUCAAGCCAACCUCGGGGACGGCAAUGAGAGGCAAGAUGAACAGAUGCUUGCAAGACAGUAUUACUUUAUGAGACCUGGUGGUCCCGUUCUUGGUACCUGCUGGGAGAGCUUAGCUGGGGGCAACCACUUCCGUUCAUGGAAACAGAAUGGUACUAAAGCCAACUCCGGUGCAUGGUUUCUAGGUGUUUCCAAGGAAGAGCAUUCCGGAAAGCACCAUAUGAUCAUACCUGAUGGGUAUAACAUAGGCCGGGAUUUCCUUGUCGCUCAAGCCAUCUCUUCUCCGACUCAUUGGAAUUCCCUCUGGUGGCAGGCAGAAGUAGAAUGGGUCGAAGGCCUUUUGGAACCUGGGAAUGACGGCGUAAACCACGGUAUCGACCAAGAUGGACUCGUAGCGGUACUUACCGUGACACGUUUGUGAACCAAGGGACACCCGGACACGAGCGAAAAUUCGUAUCUGCGCCGGCAGAUCCACACUGACUCAUAGACUCCUUGACAGGAUCCCUUCUAUCUAUCAUCACUACUUAGCUAUAUCUUCAUAAGUUCAUGCUUGCUACACCUUCAUUCCUGCUGUUUCUAGGUUUAUUCUCUCUGAAUGUUUGUACUACUUACCUAUGUAUGUCCUUUGUACAGUCAGUUAUCCGAUCUCCUACUAGGCCAUAGGCUAAAAGGAAUUCAAAUAAUGACUGCAUUGUAUCAACAU